AGUUCACAUUCUCCCGUCCCUCCUCUCCUCUUCCUUCCUUGCGUCAGUAAUAGUGUUAGUGGUGGAAGAAGCAACACCCGAAACACCACAGCCACUUUUAAUUUGCUACUUUAACUACAUCUAGGCGUCUCGUGAUGGCAGCCAUGAAGUCACUGAUGAUGGUGGUGGUGGUGAUGGUAGUGGCGGUGGAGGUGGUGGUGGCCUCCCCCUCUUCCCUAACUGAAUCUGCAAACCACCGGGAUGAAAAAUUCCUCAACCUGGAGUUCCUGCCCUUCCUGUCGCUGCGAGUGGACCCCAUUCCUUGCAACGCCAAAAGCGACAAUUCCUCAGGGACUUGCGCCUCGUCCGGAGACUGCAGGAAGAACGGCGGGAAAGCGGACGGGAGCUGUUUCAGUGGUUUUGGCGUCUGCUGUGUUUACCAAAUGAAGUGUGGUGAGACAAUUCGCGCCAACAACUCGUACUUAGUGAACGAUGACUACCCUAGUACACUCAUGGACAUUGACAACUGCCAGUACACCAUCCAGAAGGUGAAUGAGAACGUGUGUCAACUGCGUCUGAACUUCGAGAAGCUGGAACUGGCGGGUCCUGACAACACGAGCACCUGUAGCAUCGACACCUUCACCUUUGUGGGCACCGCUGGGGCAAACCCGACUGUCAUCUGCGGCGACAACACAGGCCAGCAUAUGUACCUUGACAUUGGCAGCGGCAACGCAGCGGCACGCAUCAACAUUGCCACCACCAGCACCAACGCCAGCCGCACCUGGAGGAUCAAGGUCACUCAGCUCCCCUGCGACUCAGCCAGCAAAGCUCCACCAAACUGCCUUCAGUACUACACAGACUACUCUGGAACCAUCAAUUCCUUCAACUAUCAGAAAGUGGACGGUCGUCACCAGCUGGCUUCUCAGUCCUACACAGUCUGCGUCAGGACCAGACAAGGCUUCUGUGGCAUCAAGUACAUGGCUGACCACUUCUCCCUCACUGAAGACGCCGCCAAUCCUCAGGCGAAGAAGGGAGACAAUGAUUGCAAGAGCGACUUCAUUCUGGUGCCAAGACUGAACAGGGACGGCACGGUCACGGAGCCUGACAGAUAUUGUGGCAGCAAACUGGAUGAUAUCACCUCGUAUUCCAAGCCCUUCGAGUUGCGGGUCAUUACUGACACCGAGGAGCCCACCAACGACAAGAACAACAGAGGGUUCUCCAUCAGGUACACACAGAUACCCUGCUGAACGCCACACUCAGCGAACCUGUUCCUCGCACCUUUGGGUUGCUUCACCUCUCAACACUUAAUUGUGCUCAUUAUUGCUCAUUACCUGCCACGGAAGACACUUUUAUAAUUUAUUUUAUGUGAUUGUUAUCAUUUUGUAUACAUGUGACAGGAUAUUCAAAUCUGCUAAUCGUUUAAUUCAAUAAUCUACUGAAUAGUUUUAAUCUUUUAUCUUAUUUUAUCAUCAUUAUUAUUUUUGUACAUGUAGCAUGAGAAUCUAACUCGGUAUUAUUGUUAUUAUUAUUAUUAUUAUUAUUAUUAUUAUCAUUAUUAUUAUUUUUAUUGUUAUUUAUUAUUAUUAUUACCAUCAUUAUUAUUAAUAUCAUUAUUGUUAUUUAUUAUUACCAUCAUUAUUAUUAAUAUCAUUAUUGUUGUUGUUAUCGUUGUUGUUGUUGUUGCUGUUGUAAUGUACUCACUUGUUAUUAAUGUUUAUAUCUAUUUAUCAUUUUGUGUAAAAAUCUAUAAAUAAAUGUAUUGAUUAAUU